GAUUUGGACAGCUGUUGGUUAAGAUGAGCUGGCGUGUACUAGCAGUGCUGAUAACGUGUCUGGGACUUUCAACACAAGACGAACUGACGGAAGUGGGGUGUAUCCUCAAGUACCAUCAAGACCAUAAGUUUACAGUGUCCUCUACUUUGAUUAAGAAGGCAAGGAGCCUCGUUGCUACUUCCAGAAGAAAACGAUCAGGUGUCCUAGAGCAACAAUACGUGAUGACGAUAACGAGCGCCGAGACGGCUUGCUCCGAAUACAAGCUCAAGUACCAGGACGAUAUCACAGAUUUUGAGAAGGAGUUCGAGGGAGAAAACAGGAAGUUUGUUGGCUGUGCGAUAAACACACAAACUAGCAAACUUGCCUGCAGCUACGCGUUCGUGCUAGUGGCUUAAUAUGUUGAGCUCUAUUUUAAAUUGAGCGGAGAGGACAGUGAAUGUCGACCUGGACAAUGACUUUUAACUGUAUCU